UUCAAGCUGUGAGCUCAACCGAUGAGUCAGAGCCGUGCAAUCCUGACACUGCAUCGCAGGACUGGGGGUGACACGGAGGGAGGGAGAGCGCUCUCGAGGCGGACCGUGCGGACACAGGGCGCGCCACGGCUUGGGGGUGACAGCCCGCCUGUCCCGCCUGGGCCCUGCCAGCAAACUUCCUUGCUUUGGGAGGCGCGGGCUGGCGGAAGCCCCUUAAACGCCGUGGGGAAGGCGGCAACGACGACUGUUUGUUUUUAAAACCGGAGAGUGCGUGCAAGCGACUGGAGUCCCGGAGGCGGCUGGAAGCCAGGGCGGGCGGCGGAAGGGGGACAGCCGAGGCCAUUGCUCAGGCAGGAGCGGGGCUCCCAGACCCUGUGGAACAUCAUGAACUGGGAAGCAUAGCCGAGCCCAAGAGCUUCCAGAAGGAGGAGGAGGAGCCAGCCUUCCUCUCCCAGGACCUAACCCCUGAUCCGGUCAUCUAGCAUCUUCCUCUGCCUCUGCUCCACCCUCACUUGGCUUCUGAACAGGGACCUGGUUUCCUGCAGGCUCUUUCCCCAGGGAAUGGGCAGCUGGUGAAGGAAGUCUCAGUGCCCAGGCUCAGUUGGUCACACCAUGAACCUCCAGGCCCAGCCCAAGGGUCAGACCAAGCGUAAGCGCUGCCUCUUUGGGGACCAGGAGCCAGCUCCUAAGGAGCAGCUCCCACCCCUGCAGGCCCCACAGCAGUCCCUCAGGGGGAAGGAGGAGCAGUUUCGGGGGCACGAGGCCCCCCCAGGAGCUGCUUCCACCUCUCAGCCUGUGGAGCUGCCACCUCCCAACAACCUGGCUCUGUUGAACUCUGUGGUGUACGGGUCCGACCGAACCACUGCAGCCGUGCUGCCCCAGCAGGUGGGCUCCUCCGUGAAGUGGCCCAACUCCAUGAUGGCUCCAGGGAGGGGUCCCGAGCACGGAGGAGGCGGGAGUGUCAGUGACAGCGGCUGGCAGCAGCAGCCGGGCCAGCCUCCACCCCACUCCGCCUGGAACCGCCUGUCCCUCUACGGUGGACCCAAAGGGAGCCCUCAUCCUGGUGUGGGGGUCUCUACCUACUAUAAUCACCCAGAGGCACUGAAGGGGAACAAGGCCGGGGGCCCACAGCUGGACCACUAUGGAAAUGCAAUGCGGCCCGUGAUGCCGCAGAAGUUGCCUCUGGAGGUGGGGCGGCCCCAGGCACCCUUGAACUCUUUCCACACAGCCAAGAAAACACCAGGCCAGACACUGCCCCUGCAGCCCUUCCAGCUGGCUUUCGGCCACCAAGUGAACCGGCAGGUCUUCCGGCAGGGCCCACCCCCUCCCAACCCCGCCGCGGCCUUCCCGCUGCAGAAGCAGCAGCAGCAGCCGCAGCAGCAGCUGCAGCAGCAGCAGCAGGCAGCCCUGCCCCAGAUGCAGCUCUUUGAGAACUUCUACUCCAUGCAGCAGCCGCCCUCUCAACAGCCCCAGGACUUUGGCCUGCCACCCAGUGGGCCCCUGGGACCGUCCCACCUGGCUCACCACAGCAUGGCCCCCUAUGCCUUCCCCCACAACCCGGAUAUGAACCCAGAACUGCGCAAGGCCCUCCUGCAGGAGUCCGCCCAGCAGCCUGUGCUACCUCAGCCCCAGAUCUCCUUCCCCCGCCGCUCCCGCCGCCUCUCAAAGGAGGGGAUCCUGCCCCCCACUGCCCUGGACGGGGCUGGCACCCAACCUGGACAGGAGCCCGCGGCCAAUCUGUUCCUACAUCACUGGUCCCUGCAGCCGCCGCCACCUGGCUCCUUGGGACAGCCCCACCCUGAAGCUCUGGGGUUCCCACUGGAACUAAGGGAACCUCACCUGCUGCCUGAUGCGGAGAGACUGGCACCUAACGGUCGGGAACAGGAAGCUCCUGCCAUGGGCAAGGAGGAAGGUUUGAGGGCAGGGGGAACAGGGGACUGUGGGCCGGUUGUACGAGGUGGUGUGAUCCAGAGCACAAGACGGAGGCGGAGAGCGUCCCAGGAGGCCAAUUUGCUGACUCUGGCCCAGAAGGCAGUGGAGCUGGCCUCGCUGCAGAAUGCAAAGGAUGCCAAUGGCUCUGAGGAGAAGCGGAAAAGUGUAUUGGCCUCCACUACCAAAUGUGAGGUGGAGUUUUCUGAGCCUACUUUAGCUGCCAAGCGAGCACGAGAUGAGAGCGGGAUGGUACCCCUCAUCAUCCCAGUGUCUGUUCCUGUGCGGACAGUGGACCCAGCCGAGGUGACCCAGCUUGGCAGUAUGGAUGAAGAUGGGAAGGGCCUGGAACAGAGCCUCUCCCAGCACAAGCCAUCCGUCAUCGUUACUCGGAGGCGGUCCACCCGAAUCCCUGGAAUGGAUGCUUCGGCUCAGGCUGAGGACCUGAAUGUUAAGUUGGAGGGGGAGCCUUCUGUGCGGAAACCAAAGCAGCGGCCCCGGCCAGAGCCCCUGAUCAUCCCCACCAAGGCGGGGACCUUCAUCGCCCCUCCAGUCUACUCCAACAUCACCCCAUACCAGAGCCACCUGCGCUCCCCCGUCCGCCUCGCUGACCACCCCUCGGAACGGAGUUUUGAGCUGCCCCCUUACACGCCACCCCCCAUCCUUAGCCCAGUGCGGGAAGGCUCCGGCCUCUACUUCAAUGCUAUCAUAUCAACCAGCAGCAUCCCAGCCCCUCCACCCAUCACGCCAAAGAGCGCCCAUCGCACCCUGCUCCGGUCUAACAGUACUGAAGUUACCCCGCCUGUCCUGUCUGUGAUGGGGGAGGCCACCCCUGUGAGCAUCGAACCACGGAUCAACGUGGGCACCCGGUUCCAAGCAGAAAUCCCCUUGAUGAGGGACAGUGCCCUGGCAGCUGCAGACCCUCACAAGGCUGACUUGGUAUGGCAGCCAUGGGAGGACCUGGAGAGCAGCCAGGAGAAGCAGAGGCAAGUGGAAGACCUUAUGAUAGCUGCCUGCUCCAGCAUUUUCCCUGGUGCUGGCACCAACCAAGAGCUGGCCCUUCACUGUCUGCACGAGUCUGGAGGAAACAUCCUGGAAACACUGAAUAAGCUGCUACUGAAGAAGCCCCUGUGGCCCCACAACCAUCCACUGGCAACUUAUCACUACACAGGCUCUGACCAGUGGAAGAUGGCUGAAAGGAAGCUGUUCAACAAGGGCAUCGCCAUCUACAAGAAGGAUUUCUUCUUGGUGCAGAAACUGAUCCAGACCAAGACUGUGGCCCAAUGUGUGGAGUUCUACUACACCUAUAAGAAGCAGGUGAAGAUCGGCCGCAAUGGGACUCUCACCUUUGGGGACGUGGAUGCAAGUGAUGAGAAGUCAGCCCAGGAAGAGGUUGAAGUGGACAUUAAGACUUCCCAGAAGUUCCCAAGGGUGCCUCCUCCCAGAAGAGAGUCCCCAAGUGAAGAGAGGCUGGAGCUCAAGGGAGAGGUAAAGGAGCCCAAGAGAGAGGGGGAGGAAGAGGCACCAGAAACCCAGGAGAAGGGAGAACAGGAAGAGGGGCGAGAGCGCAGCCGGCGGGCAGCUGCCGUCAAAGCCACGCAGACACUACAGGCCAAUGAGGCGGCCAAUGACAUCCUCAUCCUCCGGAGCCACGAGCCCAAUGCCCCUGGGUCAGAAGGUGGCCAGGUCCCAGAGAAGCCAAAGGAGGGGACAGGAAAGUCCCGAAGGGCACUACCUUUUUCAGAGAAGAAGAAGAAACCAGAGACAUUUAAUAAGACCCAAAAUCAGGAGAACACUUUCCCUUGUAAAAAAUGUGGCAGGGUGUUCUUCAAGGUGAAGAGCCGCAGUGCACACAUGAAGAGCCACGCAGAGCAGGAGAAGAAGGCCGCGGCGCUGCGGCAGAAGGAGAAGGAGGCCGCGGCAGCUGCAGCCUCGCACCAGCAGGCGCUGCGGGAGGAGAGCAGUGCAGGCGAGAAGGGCUGAGAACAGCUGGCCCCGCUCACUGGACUCCCCAGCCCUCCGCACCUGGGAACAGAGGGAGCCAGGAGAGGGCCCCAUGGACUUUGCAACAAUGAAAUAGAUGGCUUUUAUUGAUAAAGGCCCCAGGAGCAGUGUUAAAGGGCUGCAGGAUCCACGGUCUCUUGGCAUCUGGUCUGUUGGAAGUUGUCCUGCUUUCCUGGAAGCUUGAGAAUCCUGGUCCCCUUGGAGUGUGGGGGGCUCUGCAGCUGCCUCUCACUCUGAUUUCUGCUGCCUUUGCCGCCGCGCAGUCUCUGCCCUCCUCUUUACCUCUCUUUACCCUACUCCCUCUGUGUCCAGGAAGCCACCUUGGCAAGCCAAGCACAAGCCCAGCCCCCUUGCAGCAUUAUUUCUCCCUCCCCACGGGACUCAGAAGGCUGCACCAGCCCUGUCUCAAACCCUAGAACAUGGACUCCAUUAGAGGGAGUGUGGUGGCUUAACACUUGCUGAUGUCCCUGCCCAGCAGCCACCAGGCCUGAGCUGUGCCAGUGACCUGUUCAGGCUCCUUCCUCCCUAGGAGUGAUGCCCAGGGCAGAUCCCGGCCCUCUGCUGCUUACAAGCAGUCCUGCUGGGCUCUGAAGUUUUCUCAAGUAUUCAUGUCUCUGCUCCCACCUGCUGCAGGGAAAGGGAAUGUCAAGAGGCUGGAAGCUGCAGGGCUAGGUCUGAGAGCUCUUGAAAGCCUGGCUCUUGCUUCUCACCAUUUUGCCAAAUACCUUGGGGCCCUGGAGGCUGCUAAAAGGGAGCUUAGCCUCAAACAGGUCCUGGAGAGGCUCAGCCUGCUCCUCCUUGGUGCCAGCUCCCUGGCUUGCCCCUGACCUGCCCUCAGCAGCUGCCACCUAACGCCACCACACUCCUCAGUGUUAAUGUUCACAGCCAACCUCCCCUACCCCAGUCCUGCAUGCUGGAGAGUUUCUGGAUCCUUCCCUGGGAAGGGGAAGUCUCCCAACUAGAUUGGACAGGAGCCUUCAUUCCUUGACUCGUGUCACUUUGGAGCUAUUUAUUUAUUCUUAGUAUUUAAUUUUUAACAUCCUCUCAGGGACCAGUGGCCUCUUGCUUUCUGAGGCCCAAGUGCAUUUAUCCCCAAAUAAGGCACCUUUUCGGCAUCCCCUUUCCAUCCCCUCCCCAAUUCCCAAGGCGCUAGGGUCCCUUACCUUGUUGCUCUGGAAGCUUUUGCCAAUAGGACUAAUAGUAGCAUUGAAGGAGGCUGGAAAGAUGGAGGAUGUCACCAGAGCCACCCAGAGACUAGCACAAGUAGGUGAGUUCAAAGGCAGUUCGCGUGGCUGCCUCUUCUGUACUUUGAAAUUGCUUGAGGGUGUUGGCAGGGAGUCAGAAUUCUAGUUUUAUUUAUCAGGCCUGGAUUCUCCCUUGAAGAAGCCAUAUUUGGUGUGGAAUCACUGAAAUAAAAGGAGCCAGAGGCUCCUUUACUUGCCAAUCCCGGGAAGGGGGGUGGGGUGGGGCGCGGCCACAGUGAUUAGUCAUUUUUUUCUGAUCUCAUCAGUCAACUUUAGUUGUGAAAAGAAGUUGAGGUGUGUGUGUAGGAGAGGUUAACAUGUCAGGAAGACUCCUGAGGAGGGAGAUAUACUAAAUGCAUUGUGUUGGUAACUGGGAAUGGAGAGACAGCUUUCUUUUUAAAAUAUGCACGUCAGGUCAUUUUCAGUUUCAUGUAUGCAUUCAUGUAAUGCAUUAAUGUAAUGCAUUGAUACAGGACCCCAGCUAGGGAGUGACAAAAUUCUCCCAACUUCCUGAACUGUUGCCUCCGUCUUCAGUUUUCUUGUUAAGUUCCUUCCAUAAGCUUCUCUAAACUCAGAGCCCCAACACUGCAAAAAUCUGAUAUACCAUCUAGAAGGAGGGCAUCAAAUUUAUGUUCUCUUCUAAAUCACUUGUAUAAUGAGUGCCUUCACAGCUUAGCCCCAAAGUGCUACUUAUGUUUCCCAAGGUUUGUGGGGUUUUUUUGUUUUUGUUUUUCCUAUUCAGACCAUAUUUGGCUUUAGGCCCCUUUACGGAUGUAACAAAAACCUCAAGCAAAAGAAAACAACCCGGUCCCGGGGAAAGGCCAAGAACUGGAAAUUUUUUUUUUUAAUAGGGCAGUAAUUCUCUAAUAAACACAGAGUCAGAGCAGGUAAAUGGAGUCAGGAAAAUUCAGAUGGUACCUUUUGCUAUUAAUAUAACCCAGACACCAGAUUUUCAGGAGUGUCCUUGCUCCAGGAUGCAUUUAUAGGAGAAUGCACUGUGAAAAGUGAAAUAUUCAGAGAGCAGAUGCACUUUUGGCAAGUAACUUGCCAAUAAAGUAUUUACACCCGUGGAAGCUGGCAUAGGUUUAUCUUUAAUGGUGCUUUCCCCCUGUGAACACAUUAGGCUUGUCUUUUGUCUUUUUCCUUUUCAGAGCUCUCAGCUUUAAGAAGUGAUAAACACCUCCAGCUUUACAAUGUCCUUUCCACACUGUCUCAUUAUGGCCACCUCCAUCUGCACUCAGCUAAGGGUGUGAAAACUGACCUAGUGCCUAUGUUUAGACCAUUUCUGAGGUCUUUUACCCAUCCAAGGAGACAGUGCCAUCCUUGCUGUCCUCCAUGCCUUCAGCAGUCCCCCCUCACAGCUAAGGUACCCAUCUGCCCCUUCUGUCACCCGGCCUCUAGCCCUUGGCCAAAGGUCUUGUGCUGCUUAUGUCUAAAGGGAUCGCCUAUAUUUAACUGCCUCAGUGACCUAACCUCUUUCUUCUCAUGUGCCAGAUGUUAAGAUGAAGGAGGAAUACAACACAUACUCAAGACUCAGCUAUUCAAAUGUUUUCACUGGGACUUUUUUUUUUCUGGGAUAUUAUUUAUUACUAGACUGGCAAGCCUAACUCCUUAGGUUUACAAGAAGUUUGCAUAUUUUUUUAUAAAACAAUUGUGCCCACCCCACAUUUGGCUGUGUUAAUAUUUGCCUCUAACAAUUAGCAGCUGUUUUUACCUUUUCCUCAUUUGUCUCUCAGUUGAAGGCCUUGCUGGGACAGAGCACAGGAACAGCCUUGACAGUCUGUAAUUAUUGUACAAAUAUUUUAAUAGCAUAUAAAUAAGUAUAUUCCUCUUAUUUUGAAACAAAUGAUCAGACACUGCCUUUUGUGUGUUUGCUGCCUGUGGCACCCCCCCCUUUUGUUUAAAAAAAA